AUGGCCGACUCACUCUCUACCGCCACACUCGCCAUCUACGUUAUCCUCGCCAUCCCCGUCCUGUAUCUCCUCGUCAAACACGGAAAACACGGAAAACACGGCUUCCUAGGAUGGCUCUUUUUGUUCCUCUUCUGCACCAUUCGCAUCAUCGGUGGUGCGUUGGAAAUGAAGAACUCUAGUAUCGCCGCCAGCAUUAUUUCUAGUGUCGGGCUCUCGCCCCUUCUGCUCGCCACAGCUGGUAUCCUGCAUGAAGCGAGGAUAUAUCGCAUCCGCAACCUCGACGAGAAACUCGAAUGGCUCCUCGUGCUCGUCUUUCACAUCUUCGUCGUCGGUGGAGUCGCCCUCGUUGCCGCCGGGUCUGCAAAGCUCCAGAACCACCAGCAACCAAUCGAAAAGAGUGAGAAGAUUGUCAAGGCAGGCAUUUCUAUUUUGACUGUUUCGUGGGGCAUACUCGUCGGGUGGGUUGGAUUAUCAUUUGUUGCCCCGCGUAUAAGUAACAGCACGACCGAGCGUGCGGGAACGACGUUGCUCAAGUCGGUCUGUUUUUCUCUUGCCUUCGUCGGCAUCCGCGUUUUCUGCAGCCUUGCCGCUUUGUGCACCCAGAAAGCAUACCUCAACCCGACUACCGGUUCCCUCGCCAUCCGCGUCGUGCUGUUCUUCCUGUCAGAGCUGAUUGCAACACUUGCUUACAUUACCGCGGGCUUCAAAACCCAGGCAUUGGCAAAGGUCCAGCAGGAUGGAGAUGAUGAUUUGCCCGUCUCUCAAAAACUUCAAUCUGCGCCAUACGUCUAG